CUUUUCUUCUUCACUCAUUGCUCACUCUAACGCCAUGUUGGCUGUUAUGACUUGACUUGUUGUUUUCAUCAGCUUUACUACGGACUUGACAGGAGUGGCUCUUUUAAACCCCCCCCCCUCCCCCCCCCGCGCCCUUGGAGACGCUUUAUUCCAUUUUUGCGCUUACGCGUUUCGGAUGAUAGGCGCGGAGUAUGCACGCAUCAUCCCUGUGACUUUGCAUUUUUAAAGGAAUACUACUUGGAAAUAGAAGUUUAAAAGGGUUUGGUUGUUGUUUGUUUUGUUUUUGCCCCUUGUCAUAUGUGCAACAAAAUGUCAGAUGUUCGCCUUUCUAAUGCGAGCCCGACAUUGGAGAGGGUGGAUGCGCGGCAGCCAGACAACGUCAGACCUUCGGUCCGCAGAAACCUUUUCGGCAGACCUGACCCAGCGGAGAUACAAAGGAAUGUGACGGCUUCGAUACAGGAAGAUGUGCAGGGUUUCACGGAGAAGUACAAUUUCGAUCCCGUCAACGAGAGACCGCUCGCUCCGCUCAAUUACGUCUGGCAGGAGGACCGCAACGCACCGGAGUUUUAUGUCCGACAGCCUCACGGGAGCCAGCGGCCCCAGCGAGAUGAGGACUUCCCCGGCGAUAACAACCGGCAGGAUGCCGAGACGAGGAGUGAGCGCCAGUCGGAUCAACCACGCAGAGAUGGUUCGAGAAAAAGACGUUCAGAAACUUCAGGUCUCUGCUCCAGCGAGUGUCAGAGGAAAAGGUCGCAUACCGACGAAGAUGAUGAUGAAGACCACUCGGACGGUGCAGGAAGUCAGGCGGUAAAAGCCGCGGAGGAGAGACCCAGCAGGUCAGAGAAGAGCGCGGAGGUGGAGUGAAAAGCAGUGCCAGAGCGGGGAGACCUGUUGCUGGUGGAAUACUGUAGCCUUUCUCAUCACCUGACGGAUGGGAGAGAAAAUAUAAAAAAAGCAGCCUUUUCCUAAAGAAGGGAGGAGGAGAGGCUGCACAAGCACUGAUUAUGUACACUAUCAAGUUUUGGCACUCAUUUCAAUUAAAUUGCCUCAGAAGCAGCAGACAAUGUAGCAUUGUGCAAAUGGAUAUUUGCUCAUUUUUUUUAUCUACUACCUAUGUUUCAGAUGUAGCACAUACAAAAAAGCAUAUUAUGCUUUUCAUACCUUUUUGUUAAAUGUUUUUGAAUAAGUGUGUGACUUUGACUCGGGAAGUUGCAGUGCAAUUUCCAACAGAAAUAUUAUUUUGUUAAAGUGGUCAUAUUGUGUCAUUAUUCAGGUAAUUGAUGUAAGUUUAAAAAAUGCAGAUAUCAAAAGUCAGGGUUGUGUGGAAACAAAAUGUCAUAACUUUUUCUUUGGCUUUAUUUGUUCCAGUGUUAUAAAUCUUGUUUUUGAAGGCCCUGAUGGCCACACUGUAAGAUGAGGGUCCAUCUAACUGGGAACCACCAUGACAGAUAAAGUUUACAUGCAAAUAUAGUCUCCUUCUUUCCCCCAUUUUUUCUUACAAUGUUAUUUUUUUCCUAAUUUUAUUUUUCGUUUUGUUUUUGCCAAAGUUUGAACCUUUUUUGUUCUCGGGGUGAGGGGAGGGGUGGGAGCUAAACUGCUGAGCAAUAUCCAACCAAAUUGUAACAGUAUUUGCUAAUAAUCCUAAGAGUUAGCUUUUAUUUUUUAAAUUAGGUGAGUUUAUCUUUUAGUGGCUUUUAGGUCACAUAAUCCGCCCCUUGUAAUAAUCGGUGUAGUCCAGGUUAACAUAGAUAAAAUAUGUUAUUGCACUGGGCUACUUUAUUAUGCAAAUAUGUGAAUCAAAGAUUUGUCUUUGUGGUGUUGAAUUCAUGUGGAACAUGUAAUUGCACUAUUGUUGAUUUCUCAUUUUUUGAGGGCAGAAAAUUAAGUGACACUGCCUCAUUUGGUGUAAAACUUUGUAGUGUACCUUUUUUUUCAAAAACACUGAAAAAAUUAUACUAACUUAUUUAUGUUGAGCUUUUUGUUGUGGGUGUAUGCGACAAUUAAAAGCGACAAUUUUUGUAAAUAUAUAUUUUAAUUUUUAAGAUAAAUAAACUGUUGCAAAACUGAGCCUAAUAAUCGAUUUCA